AUGGCGCAUGUGAUCUCCCAAGUUGCCGCUCCAGUUCCUCAGACCAUCGACCGUGAAAAGGUAACGAUACAACGGCUAUUUCUUUUAUUGUUUAGGUUUGUCCUUUACUUCUGAGAAUCUUUGUCAAGUCGAAUGGUCACAAUCAUCCUGCAGAAUUCAGUCGGGGCACCACCCCAUCAAAUGAGAUUCAAAUUUACACUUGGUAAGUUACCUCGACAAAAUUUUAUUGUAAUAAUAAAAAUUACAUUUAUGAGAUUUUAGGAAAGACUGCACGUUGAAGGAGUUAGUGACCCUGAUCAAAGAUGUAAACACGGAUUCUCGGAAAAAGGGAACUGAAUUCGACUUUAAUAUUGGUAUGUUUCCUUGUUAUGAUUGAUUUAUGUUUUUAGUUUUCGCAUCGCGAAGUUCGGGGAAAUAUCAAGCAAGAUCGAUCGGAGUUCUCCAAAACGGAAGUCGAGGAGUCGACGAUGCCAAGACUCUUCAAGAAGCGGGCUUUGAGGUUGGCGAUUUUAUUGAUGUGGCGAUUUUCCCUCCCGUGGACCGAGCUGGCUACAGAAACGGUGGUGGAAUUAAUCGUAGGUCCUCCUUUGAGCGACCUCAACGUCGUUUCAAGUCGUUCAGAGACUAA